GCCGGUGACGUGGCUGCUGGGAAAGCGCUUCCCGGUUGUAGUGCCAGGCUGUACGGCUCCGGGGUCCUCCAUUGACCGGAGAUACCUGUGCCAAAAGAAACAUAAAGAAAUAAAGAUAUAUCUCUACCAGUAAACAAAGAACCGAGCGGUUUGUGGUUUUUGUGUGUUUUAAACCAGGUAGCCGGUUAAACCAGCCGCUGACUGAUGUCAGACAUGGAGACGUACGGGAACUCGCACAAGAAACAGAAGCUGAGCAACGCUGCUGAGAGCUGGGGAAUGCAACGUGCAACUAAUGUCACCUAUCAAGCUCAUCAUGUCAGCCGAAACAAGCGUGGGCAGGUUGUGGGCACAAGAGGAGGGUUCAGAGGAUGCACUGUGUGGUUGACUGGUUUGUCCGGUGCAGGAAAGACCACGGUGAGCAUGGCUCUGGAGGAGUACCUGGUGUGUCACGGUAUCCCCUGCUACACCCUUGACGGGGACAACAUCCGUCAGGGCCUGAACAAGAACCUGGGUUUCAGCCCAGAGGAUCGGGAAGAGAAUAUUAGACGCAUUGCUGAGGUGGCCCGCCUUUUUGCUGAUGCUGGGCUGGUCUGCAUUGCCAGCUUCAUCUCUCCCUACAGCAGGGAUCGCCUCAAUGCCAGGAAGAUCCACGAAGCUGCAGGACUGCCUUUCUUUGAGGUGUUUGUGGACGCUCCACUGGAUGUGUGUGAGCAGAGGGACGUGAAGGGACUUUACAAGAGAGCCAGAGCCGGGGAAAUAAGAGGUUUCACUGGGAUCGACUCAGAGUACGAGAAGCCAGAGGCUCCGGAGCUGGUGCUGAAGACCGACUCCUGCAGCGUGAAUGAGUGCAUACAGCAGCUCAUUGACUUGCUCCAAGAGAGGGAUAUAGUUCCUGUUGAUGCGUCUUAUGAAGUGAAAGAGCUGUACGUUCAGGAGAACAAACUGGACCUGGCCAAGGCUGAUGCAGAGACUCUUCCUGCUGUACAGAUUGGCAAGUUGGACAUGCAGUGGGUUCAGGUGCUGGCUGAAGGCUGGGCCACUCCCCUGAACGGUUUCAUGAGGGAGCGAGAAUAUUUACAGUGUCUUCAUUUUGACUGUCUGCUGGAUGGCGGCGUCAUCAACCUGUCAGUGCCUGUGGUGCUGCCAGUGUCUACUGCAGAUAAAGAACGUUUAGAUGGCGUGACAGCCAUGGCCCUGGUCUAUGAGGGCAGACGAGUUGCCAUCCUUCGCAACCCUGAGUUUUAUGAGCACCGCAAAGAAGAGCGCUGUGCUCGCCAGUGGGGCACCACCUGCAAGGACCACCCUUACAUCAAGAUGGUGAUGGAAAGUGGAGACUGGCUGGUUGGCGGAGACCUGCAGGUUCUGGACAGGAUCUACUGGAACGACGGACUGGACCAGUACCGACUGACACCCACUGAGCUCAAACAGAAGUUUAAAGAAAUGAACGCAGAUGCUGUGUUCGCCUUCCAGCUCCGCAAUCCGGUCCACAACGGCCACGCUCUCCUGAUGCAGGACACCCACAAGCGUCUGAUCGAGCGAGGCUACCGCCGACCUGUACUGCUGCUCCACCCCCUGGGAGGGUGGACCAAGGAUGACGACGUGCCCCUGCCAUGGCGAAUGAAGCAGCACGCUGCCGUGCUGGAGGAGGGUGUCCUCAAUCCAGACUCCACCAUCGUUGCUAUCUUUCCCUCGCCCAUGAUGUACGCCGGGCCAACUGAGGUUCAGUGGCAUUGCAGAGCUCGGAUGGUGGCCGGUGCCAACUUCUACAUCGUGGGCCGUGACCCUGCGGGCAUGCCUCACCCUGACACAGGGAAGGACCUGUACGAACCCACUCACGGGGCCAAGGUCCUCACCAUGGCUCCGGGCCUCAUCACAUUGGAGAUUGUUCCCUUUAAGGUUGCUGCAUACAACAAGGUCAAAAGAGCAAUGGAUUUUUAUGACCCCAAAAACCAUCAAGACUACGAUUUCAUCUCAGGUACACGCAUGCGUAAGAUGGCUCGAGAGGGGGAGAAUCCUCCUGAUGGCUUCAUGGCGCCAAAGGCCUGGGCUGUUCUCAAAGAGUACUAUAAGUCACUGGAGAAGGCUUAAAGGUCCAGUCUGGGAUGAAAGAAAAACGGGAACAUGGUGGUUUCUACUGAUGUUAAAAUGACGAAUGUGGGGACCGCUCAGCUACUAAACCCUGCUCCAAAUUCUCUCUGUUUCACUUUUACUCUCAACUGUCACUCACGAAAAACUGGUCUCUGGUUGUUUUUUUUUUUUUUAGUCUUAUCACAUUUGUGUUUUAACUGUAUGUGCUUUAUUUACCUAAACUUACUCUGUGAACUGUGAAACAUAGGAGGAGAGGUCCACUCAGUAUUUUAAGAGAAUGAACAAAAAAAUAAUGUCUUCAUAGUAGAUGUUUGUGUUUCUCACUAACUUUAUGACUGUAUAUUCUGAUUACUGCUUUACAAAAAAAAUACUGUGUAAAGGCAUUUAAGGAUUAAGAUUCGUGUGUAAAGUACUGUUGACCAGUACUGGAAUAGUCGGGAGUGAAUGUUGAAUAUUCGUGACGUCCAAAUUUGAAACAGUUACUGCACCUGACUCACUGCUGAAGCCCAGACCAGCUGCUUUUGUACUGUACGUUUGGUUUGUGGCAGUUGCUCAAAAAUUUGGUGUACACAAGUAUUUGAUGUAAAAGUUGAGUGCCUUGGUCUUGAGAAAGUGAAUUCACAUGAUGUCUUGUUUGAAUUAGGACACACACACACACACACACACACCUGCUUCUUGUCCCACUUGUUGUUACACUGACAUGGUCCAGUAGUUCAUGAAAUGAUCUGCAAAACAGAUCAGCAUUAAAGAUGUUUUUAACAGGAUAUGCAACCCUAACCUUCCUAAACUUCUAGGAACACUUAACAUUUUUGUUUUUGUCAUAUUUAGUAUAUUUAUUCUGUUUUUUGUUUUUUUUUUAAACUGUGUUGUGCAUGUAGUUUUGGUGCUCUGAGCUUUUCCCUCAACGGUCUUGAUAUUUUGUUGCGUUUUUAUCGUCUGUGUUUUUUUGUUUUUUUUUCCUUUCCUCAUAGGUUGCUAAUAUUUUCCAUGUGGUAAUUCAUUUUUAAGAGUUGGCCUGUAUAAUCAGAUGGUUGAUGGUUACCAUCAAGGGAUCAGAUUUGUAAUCUUCCUUGUCCAAUAAACCAUUUUUAGCAAAAAGAACAA